UAUAUAAAGCAUUCAUUUAUCGUGAUAAUCUUUUAACAAAGUAAGACAUGUCAAUUUUUAGUAAUGUGAUAUGCUCAAGUAUAUAUACAUGUCUGUAAAGGUAUCACAAUGUUAACCAAUAUGCUGUAUUGCACAAGAAAUAAAGAAUUGAAUUGAGUCAUAUUGAUAUGCUAGCAUUUCCAGGUAGUGCAGGUUCAAUUUUGUUUUAAAUUGUGGUCCUCCCCAGAGGGAUAGGAUGGGGUCAUAAUAGGGGAUCAAAGUUUUACUUGGGAAUAUAUGGGGAAAAUCUUCUCAAUAAGAAAAAGGCCUUUAAUAUGCAAGCAUUCUAAGGUAGUGCAGAUUCAAAUUUGUUCAGGUGGUGUCCGUUGAGAGUAGGAUGGGGCCAUAAUAGAGUAUCUCAGUUUUACAUGAAAGUAUGUAGGUAAAAUUAUCUCCUCAAUAAUGGAAGGGUCAUGGAUACUCGUAUUUUAAAAGAUGCAAGCAUCUCCAAGUAGUGCAUAUUCAGAUUUGUUUAAAUUGUGUCUCCCGUGGUGUAGGGUGGGGCCAUGAUAGGGGAUCAAAGUUUCACAUGGGAAUAUAUUGGAAAAAUCUUUUUAAAAUAAUCUUCUCAAUAACAUCGGAGCCAUGGUUAUUCUUAUUAAUGUGCAAGUACCCCCAGUGCAGAUUGAUGUGACCCCGAGGAUAGGUUGGGGCCACAAUAGUGGAUCAAAGUUUUUCAUGGGAUAUAGGGAAAAUCUUUAGAAAUAACAGCAGGGCUAUGACUGUCUAUAUUAAUAUGCAAGCAUCCUCAGGUAGUGUAAAUUGAAUGGGAUUUUCCUUCUUGAAAUAAUGACCCCGUGGGAAGGGUGGGUCUAAAAUAGGGGUCCAAACUUUACUUUAUAAUACGCAAUAUAAUAAUUGCUAGAAACAUAAAUUAAACAGCAGAAAAUACAUUAGUUUACCUCAAUAACAUGCAGGCAUCAUCAUAUAAUACAUCAAAGGGACGUUAGGUGUCAUUUUGUCAUCACAAAUUGAAUUCAAUGAAAAUUGCUUAUAUCAUAUAUUUCAGUAAUGACACCAGUAUUUAAUUAUUUGAAACACUUUUUAACUUCAAAACAGGCAGAUGAAUGUGUAAUUUUGGUGAUUAAAUAAUUACAUGUAUUGUUGUGCAAGACAAUGAUUUCUUUACACUAAAAGCGGUUACCUAACUUUGUUUUAUAAAGUUUCUCUUGUUUUUGUACAAAUUAAAUGUUUGUUUUUUCAGUCAUUAACAUAUAUUCCUAUGCCAUUGAGAGGUUUUGAGAAAAAAGGUUGUCAUCACUUUCACAGCUAAUGCCGCUUUAAGUUUAACUAAGAUUUUCUGCAGUUCGUUUCUUCUUUCAUUUUUUGCGUCUCUAGAGGAGGGGGAUCUGUAGGGGGAAAAAUUCCCCAUAUUUGAAACUAUUGAAAAUAUAUAGUACGAAGUCAAUGGGCCUCUUGUGUAAAGGUACAUGUAAAAUGUUUAGACUCAUACAUGUAGAUAAUUAACUUGGACGGCGCUCAUAUAAAAUUUAAUUCAUUGUUAAUUACUGCUUAAUAUUGCUAACUCUUUGAAGCUCCAACAUGUUAAUUUCCCCACUUACGAACAACAGCACGUAAAUUUCUCAAUUGCAUGCAAAUCAGCAACUUGUCAUGACGUCAGUGGGCGGGGACAAUGGAAAUUAACAUUGAGCACGAUGUACAAUGUAUAUUAGAUAAUACAUGUAAUUUUGAUCUGUUGAUUUUAUAUCUUUAUUUAAAGUCUAAGGGGUCUCUGUCUAAUUUGUUGGGUGUGAGGUAAUUAACUACAAUUUGUACCAUGGAAAACGUGAUAAUUUAUGCAUAGUAACAACUUCGCUUAAAAAUUCUUUAAAAACAUGCCUGUCAUUGAUUAAUGAAUAGCGUACCUGAAAUAUCAUUUCUUGAAUUGCGAAGAUUUGUUUUAACCAUAUGCUAUGAUUAACAUAUAUACAUGAUAAUCGUAUUACUAUAUCGCAAGGUACAAAUUUUCUGUAUUUCGCAAGUAAACAAUAUUGAAGGUAUUUAUCAUAUAUAUACAUGCAUCACCCCUACAGAGUAGUGAGUCAAAAAUGACGUAGACAUGUUUAGCUACACCCUGAUUUUACACCCUCGAUAAAAGUUUUGAAUAUUUAAAUAGCAUGGAAUUGAAGGAUGGCUUAAAACUUCCCUAUGCAAUCAUCUUUCAAUAUAUUUGUUUCGUGAAAAUAAGUAACAGGUGCAUAAAAUCACUUCCAAAAUCAUAUUUGAACUAAAGAUGAUCACAUUUGUUGAGUUCUUGAAUACCGUACUACUUUCCCCCCGUUGGUAUUACCUCAACUGAGGUAGCGCGUAUAUUAUUAUUAGGUCUCCAUUAUACGAAAUCACUGGUCCGGAACUCUUGCGGGCCCACAGUGUAAACUGAUCAGUGAACAAACAAUAUAUGGAUUUUCUUCACAGUCUGUGAGCUCGUUCUGUACAGCUUUCUUCGCUGGGACCCUGCCCUUAUUUUCGUACCUUUGUCUCACUCGGACUAGUGGAUCGGUGUUUCGUCGGGUGAGUGGUUGAUUGUAACAGCGGGAGGAUAAUCAUGAGACAAAGUACCUGUGGGACGGUGAUGCUGGUGUGUGCCACAAUUUUGGGGCCCAUCACUAUCGUCUUCCUGGCUGUUUCGUUUGCUACCGAUCACUGGCUGGAGUUUAAGGUGGCCCGUGACAAAUUUACCGGUUCCAACGAUCUGGACAGAGUCGCUCACACCCGAUACAGGGGGAUAUUCCGGGAAUGUUACCCAGGAAACGACACAGCAUUUUUGCUGACGGCUGAGAAUGUGGUGGAUAACUACUGUUUUAACAUUGACUACGAAGUCCCGGAGUCCUCAACGGCUACACUAAGUACCGAAUUUCUGGCCAGAAUACACUUAUCUCGAUGUUUCCUGGCUUUCUACGUGGUGGCGCUAGUCGUCUUCCUGUUGGCCUUUAUAUUCGGUCUGGUCGUCUGCUGCUGGAGAAGAUCUAAAUGGGCGUACAUCGCUGGUCUGUGUGCUUACAUUGCAGCAUUUGCAACAGCGGCUGCCAUAGCGUUCUUUCACGGAGCUGAAUAUCUUGAAAGAAAUAAAAUCGAGGACAGUACUCUGUUCUAUUCCAAAUGGUCUGCAAGUCUUCAAAACGCUACAACUCGCUCCUACGGCUGGUCCUACAUCCUUGGAUGGGUUGGCAUGAUCAUGGCUGCGCUCUCUGCUACGUUUUACUCUGUUGCUGGAUGUUACAUUGGAGGCGAGCGUUAUGAUGAUAAAGAAUAUCUGGACAAGAGGCGGGAAAUCAUGGAAACUCAAAUGGGAGCAGACUACUACUAUGGUAGACCCUAUCCUCAACCUGCCAUGAUGGGCCCCUACGUUUAUGACAUGGAUUCUAGACGCCCCCUACCGGCCAUUGGAUAUGGUGAUCCGUACACAGUUUCAUGGAGCUAAAGUGUGAAAGUUAUAGACAUUUUCUACCUAUACAACACAUUUUUGUAUGCUUUAAACGUUAGUUAUGGACAGACGAUUGAUACAGAAUGCUCCAAGCAAUUCAAGGAAAAUUCUACAAGAGUUGUAUGAAUGGAGGAUCCACUGCUAUAUAGCUGUAAGAUAUCUCGAAUGAACCGAUAGUAAUUCUCGAGCAGACAUUCCCAAUAUUCUCAAAUGUCUCCAUAGAAAUACGCAAAAAAUUCUAUUUUUAUCCAGCCUAAUCACUUUUCCAAUUGGUUAUUUUUACAGUGAAUAUUUAGAUAUAAUCUUUGAAUGAUGAACAUCAAUUAAAGUUGUUGAAUAUGGGAGUUUUUAAGGGGGGGAAAUGAACAAGGGUUAGGGGCGAUUAUUAAUUAUGUUUUACGAGUAAUAACUUUAAUAUUGUCGAAUUCAGACACCAUUUAUUCUUAACCAUUGUAUGAAAGAAAAUAACUGUUUAGAAGGAUCGACAAUGCUAAUCUGAUGUGAUGUAAAUUGAUGUAUGUCUGAAGAAGAAAGCAUUCUCCUAAUAACAUUCAUAUCUUUAUUAAUCUUUUACUGUUCAACAUAUUAGUUUGUGCAUGUACAUAUAUGUUACAUUUACAUAAUACACCAAUUGAAUAUAUUACAGAAUAUAUCUGGGAAGAAAUUGUAAAAAGUUAAACUGUGAAUAUAUUUUCAUAAUACUUCGUGUUCGUAUAUUCUUACUCGACCGUUUCCAAAGUAGUAUACAUGUACUUCCAAAAAAGCUUAUUUAAUGAUGAAAAAAAAAAGAUUCGAAAGCCAGCAUUGAUUUUAGAAUUUUUCAUGCAAUGAACCAUAAAAGGAUGCUACAAGAUUUCUAAAAGGACAAAAAUCAGCAAAUGUUUGGAUUUCGUUUUUCAUAUAUCACUGUUUUAAUGCAAUAUCAUCAAAAUAAACUUUAUCUUUUA